ACUACGGUCACAUGAGUGCGCCGCCCCCUCCGCAAAGCACGUACCGCGGCGCCUCGCUGAUGCUCUCCGAAACACAAAGCAAUGCAUUACCGCCGCCCCGUAUCACGCACGACGGCACUGGCACUGGCACCGGAGGGCGCCACGCCGCCACGAGCACUACUAUAGUGCCCAAUGACUGAACACGUGAGCCGAGCCAGAGCCGGACCUUUUCGCAGCGCGACAUGCCUUGCCGCCGCACCUCGUCGAGGCCUCAAUCACCCACGCUGACCGCGCUACCGCCGCCCGCCCAAAUCUCCCGCCGAGCGCUGCCCACCGCCAACGAUGGAGGCCGGCCUCCUCAAGACGCGACCGCUCCACGCCCUCCUCUCCGACCCCACCACCUCCUGCGCCGCACGCCGCCUGUUCGACGCGUUGCCGCGCCCGACCCCGGCGCUCUGCAGCACGCUCCUCUCCGCGCUCUCCAGGCUCUCCGCGCACCACGAGCUACUCGAAGCCUUCUCGUCGCUGCACCGCAAGGGCGCCGAGGUCCCGCCCGGCUGCCUUCCGCUCGUCAUCAAAUCGUGCGCGCUGUCGGCCGCAUCCUGUCAGGGCAGGCAGGUGCACUGUCACGCGCUUGUCCGGGGCCUGCUUGGGGAUAUCUUUGUGCAGACUGCUUUGGUGGAUCUUUAUGCUAAGAACGGGGACAUGGAGUCUGCCGUGUUUGUAUUUGAGGAGAUGCCGGUGAAGGAUCCCAUACCAAUCAAUUGUUUGAUCACCGGAUAUUCAAAGUCCGGUGAUGUGGAUGAGGCCAGGAGGCUGUUUGAUGGUAUGUCUAGAAGGACUUCUGCUUCGUGGAAUUCAAUGAUCGCCUGUUAUGCUCAUGGUGGGGAAUUCCAGGAAGCGCUGACGUUGUUCGAUCGGAUGCUGAGUGAGGGUGCAAGGCCAAACGCCAUCACAAUUACAACAAUGUUUUCGAUAUGUGCCAAAUCUGGUGAUCUUAAUACUGGAAAGCGGGUAAGGGCUCUGAUCGGAGAGGAGGAUUUGCAGAACGUGAUAGUGCACACUGCUUUGAUGGAAAUGUAUGUAAAGUGUCGGGCUAUUGAUGAGGCGCGUCAAGAGUUUGACCGUAUGUCGCGGAGAGAUGUCGUGGCAUGGAGCACUAUGAUUGCUGGCUAUGCGCAAAAUGGCAGGCCACUUGAGUCUCUACAGCUGUUUGAGAGGAUGAAGGCGACCGAUUGCAGGCCAAAUGAAGUGACGCUUGUUGGGGUGCUAUCUGCAUGUGCUCAGUUGGGUUCUGAUGAACUAGUAGAGCAGAUUGGGAACUAUGCUGAGAGUCAGAGGCUACCACUUACCAGUUACCUAGGAUCAGCACUAAUCGAUAUGUACACCAAGUGCGGGCAUGUUGGCAGAGCCCGCAGUGUUUUCGACCGGAUGAAACAAAAGGUGGUCAUCACUUGGAACUCCAUGAUCAGAGGCCUAGCACUGAAUGGCUUUGCAGAAGAAGCGAUCAGCUUGUACGAAAAGAUGGCAGAGGAGGGGGUCCAACCCAACGAGAUCACCUUCGUCGCGCUGCUAGCAGCGUGCACACAUGCUGGUUUGGUAGACCAAGGCAUGGCGUUCUACGAAGAGAUGGAGAGGAAACACCAUGUUUCUCCUCAAGUGGAGCAUUGUGCGUGCAUAGUGGACCUCCUCUGCAAAUCCGGCAGACUGUGGGAGGCGUACAAGUUCAUCUGCGACAUGCAAGUUGAACCAAACGCGGUGAUCUGGACCACUCUGCUCAGUGCCUGCAGAGUGCACGCAGACGUCAGGCUCGCCAAGCUUGCCGCGAGCAAGCUCCUCGUCAUGGAGCCUGACAACUCCUCGAUCUACGUCCUCCUGUCAAAUAUCUACGCUGAUGCCGGCCUAUGGGUUGAUGUGAGAGAGGUCAGAGACCUGAUGAGGAGCAACAACGUGCAGAAGCUGUCUGCCUACAGUUGGAUAGAGCUGGACGGUGAGGUGCACAAGUUCCUGGUGCAAGACACAUAUCACCCGAAAUCAGCUGAGAUUUACGACGUCGUCGACGGCUUGGGGUUGAUGCUGGACUCUGAUCCUGACCUACUAGUUUCAGAGUUCUGUUGAAAAUAUUAUCAUGGAUUAAAACAAUUUUUUCAGGGAAAUGCAUAGCAGAUUGGCAAUACUUGUGCUUUGGUCCCUUUUUCUAUUUAGAAAGCACUUACUUUGAUUCUACAAUGUACUUUUUUCGUUUCAAAAUAAGUGUCGUAAUUUUGUUUCAAAA